AUACUAGCCCAUUAAAAUUAGGAGAGAGUGUGGACUCAAUUCUUUUUUCUGUUUUCUAGUUUUGUGUUGUCUUCAGCUGAAAUUUGUGGUGUUUACUGUUUACUGAUUAUUUGAGUUUCAGCUAUGGUGAUAGUGCUGAGAUCUCUUCUCACUCUCAUGCUCUCCACUCUCAUUUUCUCACACAUUUCAGAGGUUUCAUCAACAACUAUAACACUAUACAACAAAUGCACACAUCCAGUAUGGCCAGGGAUCCAACCAAGUGCAGGAAAGCCACUCUUAGCUCGUGGUGGCUUUAAGCUGCCACCCAACAAGGCCUACUCACUCAAGCUCCCACCCCUUUGGUCCGGUCGUUUCUGGGGUCGACAUGGUUGCUCAUUCGACGGAUCUGGCCGCGGGCGUUGUGCUACAGGGGACUGCGGCGGUGCCCUUUUCUGUAAUGGAAUUGGGGGUACACCACCAGCUACAUUGGCAGAAAUAACUCUAGGAAAUGACCAAGAUUUCUAUGAUGUUAGCCUUGUGGACGGUUACAAUCUUGCAAUGUCCAUUACCCCAUUUAAAGGGUCAGGUAAAUGUAGCUAUGCAGGUUGUGUUAGUGACUUAAACUUGAUGUGUCCAGUUGGGUUACAGGUGAGGUCCAAAGAUAAUAGAAGAGUGGUGGCUUGUAAAAGUGCCUGUUCUGCUUUCAAUUCCCCAAGAUAUUGCUGUACAGGGAAGUUUGGGAAUCCUCAAUCCUGCAAGCCAACAGCUUAUUCAAAGAUAUUCAAGGCAGCUUGUCCUAAAGCUUACUCUUACGCUUAUGAUGACCCAACCAGCAUUGCUACUUGUACUCGUGGUAACUAUUUGGUCACUUUCUGCCCUCAUCACCGUUGAUUAUGGUGGGAUGUUUGUUUGUCAUUUUAGUAGUUAAUUUGAUUUCGGUCUUAGUUAAUUAGUGAAGUUCAAAAUAUUUAAUUACUUGGGUUCUGUGCCUGUAGUGGACUGCUGUCACUUGUUUCUUAUAGAGAUAAUUAUUAUAUUUUAUGAUUAUCAUAUAUGCUAUUUCAUGUUA